AAGUGAAAAUACCUUUUGGAAAUAAAUACUUAGAUGCCAUAUUUUCUGUCCCAGAGAGGAUAUCAACACACGGUGUGAUUCUUACCCAUGGAGCUGGAGGAGACAUGAAUUUCCCUCAUUUAGUUUCUUUGGUAACCUACCUUGCUUCUCAUGGAGUCUUGUGCCUGCGAUUUACCUGUAAAGGGCUUAACAUUACCUAUCGGACUAAAGCAUAUAAAAGAGUUGUGGAAUAUUUAAAGUCAUGUGGAGAAUAUACACUUUCUGGUGUCUUCCUUGGAGGUAGGUCCAUGGGUUCACGAGCUGCUGCCUCUGUUGUACGUCAGAUUAGCCAGGAUGACAGCAAUGAUGAAUUCAUUCAAGGUUUAAUAUGUUUGUCGUAUCCACUGCAUCGACCAAAGCUUCAGUCCAAACUUCGGGAUGAAGAUUUAUUUUUUAUCAGAUGCCCUGUGCUGUUUGUCUCGGGAUCAGAAGAUGAGAUGUGUGAAAGAAAAUUGUUGGAAGGUGUGGCAAGCAAAAUAAAAGUACCUAAAAAAAUUCAUUGGGUUGACAAAGCAAACCAUGGCAUGUCUGUGAAAGGAUGAACAGCAGAUGAUGUCAUGAUGGAAAUAAACACGGAGAUUUUUUCUUGGAUUCAAGAAAUCAUUGAGCAGGAAUGAAAAUAAUUUCCAGCAAUUAAAUAACAUCUGUUAUAUUAGCCUUCCCUAAAAUAUAAUUGAUUAGUAAAGGCUUGUUUAGCUGGCCAACACAGACAAAUACAAAUGAUUACUUAAUGAGUCCUGUUUGAUUCAGUAACUGUCAUGCUCAGUAUUUUUUUUAAGAAUGGAAAAAAAAAAAAAAAAUCAGUGGAAGGUUACCAAGGAGGACGUUUUUGAAAGGUCUCACAUGCAAAAUGCUCAGUAAUAAAACUUUUUUUCUGUGUUUCUAUUUGCUGAUCUGUUUGACCAAGCUAAUAAACUUUUUUGUAUUGCAUAGCUUAAGUUUGCUGAAAAAUUAACUGAAUUUCUGUUGGAACCAAAGCUUUAAUUUAAUUAAUUCCUGGGUGUAUUUCAGAUAGUAGUUAAUUUGAGUAUUAAAUCUCAUUUCUUAUGCAUUUAUAACUUAGAGAAAAAUAAUUUCCAGUUUGGCUGAUCUUACAGGUCUGUUUCUCCCUUGACUUCUGCCUCAUGCAGGUAUUUACACCUGUGCAAAACUGAUAUAAAAUACUACCAUUUUGGUUUUAUAGUAUUUUGCACCAUUUUAGUAUAAACCUACUAACACAGUAUGGAAUCUAGUAGAGAAUUGGGUGACAUGUUUAGUUUCCAUGUGAAAGUGAUUUUACAAAAGUAAUGAUGUUAAAUUUGAUUAACCACCUACUUUGGCCAGGAAAAAACAUUUUUUUCCACUAAAAAUAAUGCUUGUUUCUGCUAAAAUAGCUCAAACCACUGAAUUAAGAUUCAGACCUUGCUUCUAAUUAAUUAUAAGACCUCUUUAAAAUUUGGGGGGCAGAGAUUAGAAAUCAUAAAUCCUUUGGAUGUUAAAAUUUGCUCUAGAGUGUGUAUUUAGCACUGAUUUUUUUCAGAGGAAUACAUGAUACUGGUUUUAUGGAUUUCUAGAGCUGGUACUAUACAUAAUUUUUUGCAGUGCAUAGUGCAUUUAAAAGAAAUAAAAAGAAGAGUAGUUUUAAAUGCACU